UUGCAGUACGCAUGCAGUAAGGCUCUUGAUUAGGCUGUUUUUUAAAGUUAAAAGUGGGAGCUGUGGACAAUAUUGCACAGGGAGUGCGCCGUCGCGCGUCGCCAGCACGAGCCUGGUAUCAAGGCUCGUUAUCAGGUUGAGUGCAGGCAGCACCUAACAAUAAGGCAGCAGUUAGCGGCAGUCGCGUGCAGCUCGAGGACCCAAAGGACGGCGACAAGAUGCUGGGCCUGUUCGAGAAGGUGACUGCCACCUUCGACUUCAACAAGUAUGUGGGCAAGCUAAACGUGGACAACGGUGCGCUCAAACUGCAGUACCGCUUCAUGGCGCCGAUGAUGCUGGCCGCCAGCGUGAUUGUGACCGCGCAACAAUUCAUCGGCCAACGCAUCGCCUGCAUCCAGAGCAACCAGAACACCAUCCCAGACAAUGUCCUCAACACCUACUGCUACUUUGUUGGCACAACGACCAAGAACAACCGGACGUCCGACUUUCCGCACCCUGGUAUCGGUCCUGAGAUGGAUGACGUGAUGUCGAUGCGGCACAUUUACUACCAGUGGGUGGCCUACUACCUAUUCUUCAUUGGAAUCCUUUUCUUUUCUGGCCACUGGCUGUGGAAAUCACUGGAGAAACACCGACUGGCCAAGAUCACGGCCGGCUUUGAGCUGGCUAAGUACUCAGUGUACUGCGACAAGCCGCUGGGAGACAUCCCCAGCCGGCAGCAGCGUGACAAGAAGCUUGGCGAGAUCACAGAUUUGCUGUGGAACCGUAUUAAGUUCAACGUCAACAUGGAUUGGACGUUGAAGUUGAUGAUCGUCGAGGUUUACGCGCUGUUCAUCGCGCUGUUCGUGUUUUGGCUGACGGACGUGUUUCUGGGCGGCGACGGCUCCUUCGCGUCCAUGACGGUCGAUUCGGCCUUCAGAACAUUCCCCACAGAAACGACCUGCAUCUUCUUCAAGUAUGGUCCAUCGGGUUCGAUCCAGAAGCACGAUGCACUCUGCAUUUUGGCCACCAAUAUCGUUAACGUCUACAUCUUCAUGAUCAUGUUCGUCGCCGUUGUGAUACUGAUCACCGUGGCCGCGCUAGCGCUGGCGUGGCGGUUCAUCGGCUUCUUCAUGUACCGCAGCGACUGGUUCAACCGCGUGACGCCGUUCAACCACAUCAACAGCCUGGUUGAUGAUGACGCCAGGCACACCGUCUUCAAGACACUCAACUACUUUGAUUGGGUCUUCAUGAACUACGUCGCAGAAAAUGUGGACAGUGCCACCUACAGGGACGUCUUCGUCCAACUGGCCGAGCUCAUCAAGAGCGACGCCGACGAGGAGGUUGAUGAUGAACAGCUCCGCUUGGUCACCAAUAAAGACUGAAUUUUUCCCCGCGAAACGCGUACGUUGCCAGCACUUUUUGGAACUUAGUUUCGAAAUUGUGCACUUCACUCUGAAGGUCUAACCGCUGAAAAUGAUAAAAGAUAGCAUUCAGCAGUCGAGCGGUGCUCUGAUAGGCUACUGCUGCUUUCUUGCCGAGUAACGACCUCUGAUUGUUGAAGAGGUGACCAAAGAAACGAAGAGGAAGGUUCUAUAAUCAAUCAAAUCGCAUUUCUUUUACGACUCCUCAGGGCUGUUGAUUCUAUCACAUAAAUUGCGCUUCCGAUGUCAUUUUAGAGCUGUCUCAGCCUGUACCAAAGAGAGCUAAAGAGCCUAUGAGAGUGCCUCUCGGCUACUGAGUGCUAUUCGCUCGCAGCUAUUAAUUUUGUGGAUAUAUACUAAUAAAUUGCUGGUCGAGCCCAAAAAUUUGAGGAUCAAAUGAUUACUAUUAAAAUUAAAAUUCUUUUUUGUUUUUCCAUUUUCUCAGAAAAGUUAUUAAAUUUUUAGUCGGAGUGAUAUAGACUUUUCUUAUCAUCGCGUCUUAUAAGUGAACUGAAUGGUUUGUGUUGUGACUGCCAAAGUGAUGGUACAAAUUAAGCGCCAUAUUAAAAACUACAAUAAAAAUCGCGGGUCGAUGUGUUGCGAAAUUGCCGACUCGAUUUGUAGGCCAGUUUAAUAAAGAAAACAUAAAGCGGA